CUCUCCUCCAGCGAUAAGCGAACCACGAGAGGACACAGCAUCUGAAAUCGUACAAAGUAUCUGAAGAACAUAAAUUAAAAAUCUUUACUUUGUAAUAAUGGCAUCAGGGUUUUGAUCGGAGAACCUAAAAAGUAUCGACUUUUUCUUAGGACAUGAAUCUCGCGGUGGCUAGUUUUCGCGGCAAUUUCGGCGUCUUGUCGCAAUGCAGCUCAUAUUGUAGUCUUCAGUUUCAGCCUUUUGUAGCUGCUACUUCGAGUCUCAAUUUUGGGCAAACAAGAACAUCUCGAAGGAAGAAGAAUCUGAAGCUUGAAAGAGUUUUCAGAAAGAGAGAGACUUUGGUUAGAGUGACGGAGACGCAAACAGAACCAGAAGGCAAUAACGAUGAGGAUAAUAAUGGUGAAGAAGGCAAAGAGACUUCAGCAGAUGAUCCACCUACACAAAUUCCUACUGAGUUGAAUUCACAGUCAACAAUUGUGAAUGAAGCGCCGGGCAAUGAGGAGGAAAACAAAGCUCAGCUCAGUUCUCAGGACGGUGAUAAAUUAGAAGUUAGCAGUGGUUCUCCUCUUCCUGGUGUGAAUGUAAGUAUUACCAACAAUGUUAAAUACAAAGGCGACAGCUUAAUGCUUUCUAUUUAUUUAUCUUUCAUAAAAAGUUGUUGUGAACAGCCAUUACAAUUGGAUGAUUCCAUGAGACUCCCCAAGGAAACCAUUGAUAUUCUCAGGGGCCAAGUAUUCGGGUUUGACACCUUCUUCGUAACAAGUCAAGAACCAUACGAGGGUGGGGUAUUGUUCAAAGGAAACCUAAGGGGCGAGCCUGCUAAAAGUUACGAGAAGAUAAAGACGAGGAUGGAGAAUAAUUUUGGUGACCAGUACAAGCUUUUCCUCCUCUCCAAUCCUGAGGAUGAUAAACCUGUGGCCGUUGUUGUUCCAAGAAGGUCCUUAGAACCCGAAACAACAGCUGUUCCUGAAUGGUUUGCUGCUGGUUCUUUUGGAUUGGUGGCAUUGUUUACAUUGUUUCUCCGUAAUGUGCCCGCCUUGCAAUCCGACUUACUAUCGGCAUUUGACAACCUUGAACUGCUGAAAGAUGGCUUACCGGGAGCUCUUGUCACCACUCUUGUCCUUGGAGUACAUGAACUGGGACACAUUUUAGUUGCAAAUAGCUUAGGGAUAAAGCUUGGUGUUCCAUUCUUUGUUCCAAGUUGGCAGAUAGGCUCUUUCGGUGCUAUAACGAGAAUCAAAAAUAUCGUAGCCAAGCGAGAAGAUCUUUUGAAGGUCGCAGCUGCAGGACCUUUGGCUGGCUUUUCUCUAGGCUUGAUUCUGUUUCUUCUAGGGUUGUUCGUGCCUCCUAGUGACGGCAUUGGCGUUGUAGUUGACGCAUCAGUGUUUCACGAGUCCUUCCUUGCUGGUGGUAUUGCAAAGCUCUUACUAGGUGAUGCACUUAAAGAAGGAACUUCAAUAUCUCUUAACCCACUUGUGAUCUGGGCAUGGGCUGGACUUCUCAUCAAUGGCAUUAACAGCAUUCCUGCGGGGGAGCUCGAUGGGGGCAGAAUAGCUUUCUCCAUUUGGGGUAGAAAGACCGCAACACGGCUCACAGGUGCAUCCAUAGCGCUUUUGGGCUUAUCGGCGUUGUUCAGUGACGUGGCAUUCUACUGGGUGGUUCUGAUAUUCUUCCUGCAGCGUGGACCGAUUGCACCGCUGGCUGAAGAAAUCACGGCACCUGAUGAUAAGUAUGUGUCUCUAGGAAUCCUGGUUCUGUUUCUCUCCUUGCUUGUGUGUUUGCCUUACCCAUUUGCUUUCACCGGCAAUGAAGCCAUGAUGAUUGGCUUGUGAAGUGACUCAUAUCAUUACACAGCUCAGUAAGAAAUCAGAGAUAUAGUUGUAACCUUUUGUUUUGGUCUCUAAGUUAUGUUCUACUUUUACAUCUUAAGUUAUGUUUUUGUUCUUGUUCUACAAACCAAAAUUUUCUCAAAAGUUAAUUACCAAUCUGGAUUUUGAAAAA